GUUGAUUGUGUUGAGUUGAUUGUGUUGAGUCGAUUGGCGCUGCUCCCACAGGUGUGGGACUGCCACAAGCGGGAGCAGCUCAUGUCGCGGAUGCUGCCGGACCGCGCCCCCGCCCACACCGUCUCAUGGCACCCCAGCAGGGACCUCAUCGCACUCGGCACGGUCCUGGGCAACGUCCACCUCCUCAACAAGCGGCUCGUGCUGCUCAGGUCGGUGUGCGUCUUCCCGGACCCGCUCUGCGGCGUGUCCAAGCUGGCCUUCUCCCGGGACGGCAGCCUGCUGGCCUGCGGCGGCCUGGGCGGCUCCGUGGUCGUGUGGGACUGGGAGCGGGACACGACGCGCUCCGACGAGGUGGACACGCGCUCCACGGUCACGUCCCUGUCCUGGCACCCCUGGCGGCGGUCCAUGCUGGCAGUGGGCUCCCUCGCGGGGGACGUCAUCAUCAUGGACUUCUCGCAGCGCUUCAUCACGCAGGCCAAGUACAGGGGCAAGCUCGGGUACAGCGCAGACGUGACAGCGCUGUCCUUCUCCCCCAAGACGGCCGAGCUGGUGGUGGCUUUCAACUCAAAAGGCGCGACGCAGAUCGCGGUGCUCACGGACCUGACGACGGUGGUGGACCGCCUCGAGGAGCACGAGGACCCCGUCAACUACCUGUGCUGGAGUCCGGACGGGACGACGCUCGCCACGGCCGGCUCGGACAACGUGAUGUGCUUGUGGAACUUCAUGGGUGCCAAAAAGACGAGGGAGUUGAAGCGGGAGGCACUGCGAGAGGCGCGAGAGGCGCGCAGCGGCAUCGGGAGGCGGUUCGGCUGCGUCAUAAGGUGACCAGGCACUCGACGGUCUCGGGUCUCGAACAAAAACCCCCGUACUAGAGUCUGAAAACGAGCAGCCUGUGAUAAGUUUUGUGAUAAGUUUAAAAUUCUAAGAGAUUUUAAAAAUGUGUUUGUGAUAUUUGAGUUGUAAGGCCCAUUUUAAUUUUGCUAGUCGAUAUUUUAUCGCUAGCACAGGGAAGCCCCAGUUAUAGAUUGUGUAAAUCUUCAACUUGCCAGGUGGGGACUUUAAUGAAUUGAGAACAAUUAAGGCUAUUGAAAUGAAUUUUCUGUCACAAUAGUUUGUAGAAUUAUGAAUUUUGAUAAUGGUAAUGUAUAAUGCGACGACGGCCCGAAGUUUGAUAUUGUGAAUGAAUUUCAAUUUUUAAUUUUGUGUGUAAAA